AUGAAGAAAUUGUGGGAGGAGUUGAACACUUUGAGUGUGAAAAAUCAAUGUAGUUGUGUAUGCGUGUGUGGUGCAAAGGAUGGUAUGCACAAGGCAGAGCAAGAUAGACGUUUAAUUCAGUUCCUUAUGGGACUAAAUGAAGUGUACACAGUAGUGAGAGGAAAUAUCCUCAUGAUGAAUCCACUCCCUUCCAUGGGACAGGCUUUCUCACUGACAAAUUAUCAAGGAAACAGUUAUGCAAGUGGUAAUAGCAAUUAUGCUGGUGGUAACAACAGUUUAGGAGGGAACAAUUAUGCAGGUGAUAAUAGCAGUUCAGGAGGAAAUUAUUACUCAGGCAAUAGCAAUGGUAAAAAUGCUAUAGUGUGUGACUAUUGUAAGAGGACUGGACACAAUAGGGACAAGUGUUACAAGUUGCAUUGGUAUCCUCAAGGCAACAAUAAUCAAAACUACAGGUCAGAGAGUUACAAUGGUGGCCAGAGUUUCAGACAACAAAGCCCAAACUUCAAAGGAAAAAGAGUGGUGACAAAUGUAUAUGGUGCUGCAAAUGACAUGAUGAAUACUCAUGGAGAAGAACAACCACAAGGUAACAAUCAUCCAAAUGUUAGCUUCACAAAGGAACAAUAUGGACAGAUUAUGAACAUGCUGCACCAUUUCCAGAAUGAGAAUGUGGGAGAAGAUACUGGUGCUAAUAAUGCCUCCAGUGUUGCUGUUGGAUCCAUGAACUUUGCAGGCCCCUUCAGUGAAAAGGCCUCAGCUGACAACAAUUCUUUUCCUUCUGUUUUGAGGUCUAUUCCUUCUCCUGAUUAUACUGAAUUAGACUCAUGUGAUAACUGUGUAAGUGACUUUAACAAUGUAACUGAUACAAUUCCCAUUCAUCUACCUGACCACACCAUUGAGGAUCCCAUUGCAUAA